AUGAUUUACAAACACUCGAUAUUAAGAACAAAACUGAUAUAUUCACCUGAAGAAAAAUGCUUAAAACAGUAUAUCAAACCGAUGCCUGAUGAAUUUUUAACAUCGAAUCAUGAUGAUUAUUACUCAUUCCAAAUAAGUAUGGCGAAUAAUGAACAAGGAUUUGAUCAAAUCAUGAUUGGAGAAAUAAACAAACACUAUUUCAACUUAGAUACGGGUAUUGUGUUUCGUUGUAAUGUUGUAAAAAUGAAUCAUGACAGAUUGGAUGAUCAUGAUACAUUAAUAAGAGAUGAUGUGAUUGUACUAAAUCUUCAUCAUUCAGCAUUUGACGGGCGUUCGGUGGAACCGUUUAUCAAACAAUUAGAACUGGCGUAUAAAAGUCCUGAAAGUAUGGCGGAUCAGAGUGAUAAAUCCUUACGAUAUAUUGAUUAUACAAUAAAUGAACUGCGAAUGCUACAAGAUGAUUCGCCUGAUUCGGAAAUGAAUAUAGCAAGAGAAUUUUGGAAAACGAUAUUCAAUGGAUAUGAUAUAAAUAAACCUAACAAAGUUUUACCAUACGAUUAUCAUGAAACUGUCGAAAUUGUUGGUCGAUCCGGUUUUGGUGGUACUCUGUGUAGUUCGAUUGAAGAUGAGGAAUUGGUUUGUAGUAUGUUGACACUUGUGCGAGAACAUAACGUGUCUAUGUUUCAAUUAUUUUUAACUUGUUAUCAUUUGUUCAUUUAUAAAUUAACAGAUGAUAAUGAUGUACUCAUAGACGGCAUCACUGCAAAUCGUUAUCGUCCAGAAAUUGAAUAUGCGAUUGGUAUGUUUCUAAGUUUUUUCCCAUAUAGAUUAGCUAUUGAUCCAAACAUGUCAUUUAUUGAUUUGUUAUCAAAAGUGCAUGGAAAUUGUGUUAAUAUUCUACAACAUUCCAAAUUACCAUUACCAGAAAUAUUAAAUAUACAAUACAGCGGUAAUCCACGUAUGGAUCGUACUUCUUCAACCGUAUUUUUCUUUGAAACUGAUACAUAUAAAAUUGAUGAAGUUCUCCUCGAAGAUGCUGUUUGUAAGUUCCUUCCUGCCGCAAAUCGUCCUGCACAUAUAUCAAAAUUUGAUUUGUUGUUUUCUGUGAAACACGAUGUUUCCGACACAGGUCAAACACAGCGCUUCUUUCUGUUGUGGAACUAUUCAACCGAUUUAUUCACUGAAAAAACAAUAUCUAAAAUGGAUAAACAAUUUAGACAUUUAUUAAAUAUUCUGUUUUCAAAAUCAUCUACGUUCGAUAUCAAUCAGCAACCAUUGUAUGAACUAUCGUUAUUUAGUUGUUAG